CACUGUAAACUUAUUUCGUAUUGCACCAACUUCGCCAACUAAUAUUACACUAAUUAUAGUAUACCCAUUUCCAUCUUUUAUACUAGUUUAAAGUACACGAGUUGUACAUGAUGCUGAUCUAUUUUUUAGAAAAGCAUCCCUUUUAGUCUUUGAGAAACAUGACUGUGAAUAUCAAUGACUAUCGUCUAAAAAAGCAACUUUUCGACAGAAGAAAAAGAAGUCUUUGGAUAUCGACCAAGGAAAAAUAAUGCAGAUCAGAGUGGUGCUUCUUAUUAAAGUGGUUCACAACCGUUUUUGACGUAUCCUCAAUUUCAUCAAAAACAGUUUCUUACUUCAAAUCAUGAGAAUUUGGUUUAUCAUAGUCAAGCUAUGUCUAAUGUUAAUCACCUACAAACACAUGCUUUGCACCGUCCCUGGAUACAGCAAUUAACUCAACAACCACAUGCUGCAGUAACAAAUGAAUUAAGUCAGGGUAUUUAGACAUUUAUGAAAUCUCAACAAGUAAAUGCCACGUCUGAUAGCGAAGAUAACAGAAGGAAGUAUUCUGAUGAUGAUGAUAUGAGCGAAGAUGGAAUGUCGGGGGAGCGUACGAAUAAGAGGCAGAAAAAAUCUGCUCAGGAAUAAAUGUGUUUACCAUUCCGGUGUCGACAACUUCUAACUUACCUGGAUUGGGUGUAGAACGAUCGGUAUUACAAGUUAAUACUGGUAUUAGAGAUAGUCAAGACAGAGAUGAAGAUAUAUCUAGCAAUGCUGUUCGUUAUGCUGAGACAAGAUAUGCGUUUCCCCCAUUUAUAGUAGUACUAGAUGGGCAUUCUCAAGUCGAUAAAAUUAAAGAUGAGUUAUGUCUGUAUUAUGCGAAUAAGCAUAACAUUAAACUGGAGUUUGAAGGUAUUAAAACUAAUUAUCGUCAAGAAAUGAUAUUCUUUGUUAAAAAUCGUGAAUCAUUCAUCUGCUUGUUUGAUGCAGAAAAAUGGCCGAUGACUCUUGGUGGCCCGAAUUAUAGGAAAACGUUACCUCGUCGACUUCCCCUACAACUUUCGUUAGUGAUACAUGAUGUGUCAUUAAGCAAAAAUAUUGACGAACUGUUAAAUGGAAUGCAAUUGGCUUAUCCUGAUACUGACAAUGCUUUUCGAAUGAAUAAUAAGGAAAAAAAGUCAACAAAGUUAGUACGCAUUGAUAUUAAGAGUGUUAAAACUCUUAAUGAUUUGGUACAAGCUCGAUAUAUGCAAUGUAAACAAGAUUUACCUGUUUGUAAAGUGUGUGGAUUGGCUUUUCAAGAUUUGGAAUUACAUCGUGAGAAUGGUGGAUGCUCUGGAGUUACUAAAUGUGUCAGAUGUCAAGGUUCCCAUGCUUCAAAUGAUGGUAGAUGCCCAUCAAUGAUAUCGUAUCGGGCAGCGUUAACGAAAACUAUGCUGCCAGUAUUUAAAUGA